AUGACGAAGCCAUGGACGUACUUGAGCUUGAAAGCUGUCUUUCAAUACAUGGAUGUGAAUAAGCGUGAGGAUAAGGAGAAGCAUCAGAAGGCGAAAAGGAUGGUGGAUCGUGCUGGAGAGAUUGUGAAGCGGAUUCACGAGUUGAUGGAGACAAUUGCAAAGAAGUCAAAUAACGUGAAGGAGAAUUCCACGUCAGAUGAGAAGGUUGGAGCAGAUCAAGGCGAGCGAGGUGAGAACUUGGCUCUGAGCAUCGGCACCGCUUUCAGAUGGUUCAUCGAGGGAUGCAGGAGGAAUGCUGCGGUAAAGAGGAGUGUUGAAGUGGAUGAAGAGGAUGAAGAGCCACGUGUCAAAAGUGUGAAGAAACGAGAAGUGGAAGAUGUGCCCGGAAGAAUUCAACUCUCCCUCCGAUGCCUGGCACUCCACCAAGUUGAGAAGUCAGUCCCCCUAUACUUGGAUCGUCUCUGUCUCGAUCACUUCCGGAUCACCAUCAACCACAUCAAUUUCCAUGUCUCCUCGAAGCAAAUAACCGCUCAUUCGAAAAGAGUCAAACGCCAAAUACCUCUACCUAGUCACAUGACGAGAGCUCAAGUAUUCAGAAGGUUGAUGGAUGCACUAUUGAAAGAUAGAUAUGAAAUCUCAGUGAAUGAGAUGACUUUCAGAGUUUAUCUUCUCGAUCUGUUCCCACUGCCAGAGAACAUGAGGGUUAAAGUCAAGAGGCUUGACACGGGGCUUCUUGAACUAAAACGAUUGAUUCCAGUUAUUAAUCAAACAAGUUCCCCAUUGAAAGAAUUGAAAUUUGUGGCAAGAAACCAAACAGAUCUUCAUAUCCCUAUGGUUCAUCGGGCUGAAAAGCUGGGGAUCAUUGAUUUCAGUACCCACAAAAAUAAAAUUAACUGGGGGGUGAUUUUAGUAUUUCUGCCAAAUAAAGAAAUAGUUCUCAAACAGGCGAAAUUGUCCGAUAGAGAAGUAAUGAGUGUUGUUGAAAGCUGGCUGGAAAGUAAGAGGGAUAUCGGAGCAUCGUUCACAUGGGAACGAUAUGAGAGCAAAACUGUUGAGAAGGUGAUGAAGAAAGUGAGAAGAUGUUUUGGAGGAAACGUUGCAGCGAUGGAAGAAAACGAGAAAUUAUCUCCUUCCCUCGCCACACCUUGCCUUAUUCUCCCGAUGAACCCCACGUCUGAACUCAUCCUCUAUGGUACCGAAGAGAAAGGACUCGAAGGAUUUACUUUCAACUUGAAAAUGGAAAUUUUCUCAGCUGCAUCUAUCAAUUCAUUUCAUCAACAUCAUCUUUAUCAGUUCUACGCCCAGGGGCAGGAAUCAGAAUUUUCUCUUGUUUUAAACUUUUUCCACGUUCCAAUUCUGGCAUUUAUUGCAGGCUGGUUGAUGGGCUACGCGAGUAUUGACGUCAUCAAAAACCCGUCAGUUCAAUUUUGA